AUGGGCGAGCCUCUUUUGGUUUUCCUGGGUGAUGUUAUUCUUGCAGGUUGUAACUCGUCUUCUGAUUGUUCUAUCAUUCAAGCGGAGGCUCUUGGGCUUAGGGAAGCAAUCAAGGCUGCCCUUUCUUGUUCUCUCCCUCAGAUCGUCAUAGAAGGCGAUAAUCUCUCGGUUAUCAACGCAGUUCUUAAAAUUUGGAAACCUCCCUGGGUUAUCAACUCUGUAUUGCAGGAUGUUUGGUGUGAGUUGGGUAAUUUUAACAGUGUCUCUUUUACUCAUUGUUUCAGGGAAGCUAAUAGGGCUGCAGAUUUUAUGGCUCAUCAAGGUCAGGCGGCUCAGAAUCUCUGUUACAAGUUCCCGCCGUUCUCUGUUGAUUUCUCUCUUGUCAUCCGUAAGGAUGUUUUAGGCUGGCCUCCUGAUUAG